AUGGCACCACUAUCAGAGGGGUCGGCUUCGCCCACCUCGCCAAACUUUGCAUCAAAUUCAGCAAGUGCUCGACUGUUAUCUGAAGAUUCUGAGCAAACUGUCGUUGCUGAAGAAGAAGAAGACUUUGUGGCACCGCCUCAUAAAGAAGAGAAAAAACUCCUCAUCACAGCAGAGCACAAGAUAGCGUUCUCCCAUUUUCUUGUAAGAUAUCUCUAGAACCAUGUCGAUGUAUAUAUUGACAGAUUUAAUAGCGUAUAUUUUCAUACUCAACUUUGAGUGAUAAAUUCGUUUUAUUUGCUGCUGCGAUUGCAUCAAUAUGUUCUGGGGUCACACUUCCACUUAUGAAUGUCGUGUUUGGUGAGGUUUACAUCAAUCAAAAUAUACUUGAUCGCUAAUUUGUUUUAGGUCAACUCGUUGGUGUAUUCGGUGAAUAUUAUAACCCCCAACUUGGCGAAACAAAAGCGAUGUUUCUUGCAGCCAUCAACCAAAAUGUGUAAGAUAUCUGACAAAUCUAGAAGAAUAAGAAGCUAACAGCUCAUAGGUUAUAUAUGUUAUAUCUGUUUAUUGCUAGGUUUGUGCUUGAUUACAUUGCCAUUGUAAAUGACCUGUCUAUAUAUCAUAGAUUUCCGUUGCUGACUAUUAUGUAGUUAGGAUUUCGUAUGGUAAGUAUCCGCGUAUCUGCGGCAAUACGGCUUGUUUACCUGAAGGCUCUCUUUGCCCAACCAAUUUCAACACUGGACAUCUUGCCACCCGGACAAACAGCAGCUAUCAUUACCAUCACCGCCAGUAUUCUACAAUCAGGCAUCUCCGAAAAGCUUUCCAUAUUUAUCCAAAGCACCACCCUUGUCAUCACGACUGUAAUCAUAGCGUUCCACUACAGCAUUAUUUUGACUUUAGUAACAAGCAUUGGAUUAAUAUUUAUUGUCGUAUUUUAUGUCAUGACAAUUCCUUACUUAGUGGAAACAUGGAAGCACGUUGAACAUGCUGAUAGGAUGUCUUCUUCGGUUGCGAGUGAGGCUUUUAGCGCUAUACGUAUGGUUGUGGCUUGUGGUGCUGAAGGGAAGAUGGCCAAAAAGUAUUCGGAGUGGGUUAAGGAGUCAAGAAGGAGGGGUAUAUUAAUGAGUCCUCUGGUUGCUAUUCAGCAGGCUCCUGGUAAGUGUAGUUCUCCAGCCUUUGGAGAACGGUUGACUAAUUUCUGCAUAGUUUAUUUUGCUAUCAAUGCGUGAGUUGCUCCUCUGUCCAUAAUUUACAACUGAAGUCUUUUUGCUGAUCUCAGUAGCACUUUCGCCCUUUCAUUUUGGGUCGCCAUAAGAAUGUAUGCAGGCUCCAUGAUAACGAGUGUCACCACUAUGGUAAUGUAGGUAGAACAUAAGAAUACCCCCUCUCAACACCGAAUACUAUCUGACUUAUGAUAGUGUAUUAUCAUCCGUUAUGUCAAUCACGGGGUCUAUCGGAUGCAUUUCAGCUCCAGUCACAGCAGCAGCCCAAGCAGCCGGAGCAGCAAGUAUCUUUUUCACCAUCAUAGAUGCGCCUCAACCCAAGACGGAAGGGUUGCAAGCCCCAGAUGUCUCAUCUCAGGAAGAUAUCGUUCUCGAGAAUGUAAAUUUCGCAUAUCCAAUAAGAGCAGAUGUCAAAGUUCUGGAUAACCUGAAUCUCCGCUUCCCUGCUGGAAAACAGACCGCCAUUGUUGGGGCAUCUGGCUCCGGUAAAAGUACCAUAGUUGGUCUCCUAGAAAGAUGGUAUGAACUUAACGGUAAUAUGACUGAUAAUAUAAUUGUUUGAACCCCUCCCCUGCCACAUGAAAUUCGGUAAUCUAACAUAACCAGACCCUCCAUUUUCGAAAUGGGACAAUAAAAGCCGGAGGCCAUAAUCUACAUGAUAUAGACCUCAAAUGGUGGCGCUCUCAAAUCGGUCUAGUACAACAGGAGCCAUUCUUAUUUAACGACACAAUAUACAAAAACAUCGAGUAUGGAUUGAUAGGAACUAAAUGGGAGCACGCUUCACGCGUCAAGAAGAGAAAAUUGGUGAAAAGAGCUUGCAAAGAGGCUUUCGCUGACGAAUUCAUUCGUCGUCUUCCUGAGGUACUUCCCCUCUUCCAGCCCCUCUUCUGUUGCCAAGCUGAACUGCCAUAGGCAUACAAUACCCUCGUAGGAAAUGCGGGUAUUAAACUGUCUGGCGGUCAACGUCAACGUCUUGCGAUCGCCCGCAGUAUAGUCAAGCAACCCAAAAUUCUUAUACUUGAUGAAGCAACAAGUGCUAUUGACGUGCGAGGUGAGAAAAUCGUUCAGAAAGCGCUUGAUAAAGUUUCCAAGGGAAGAACUACGAUUGUCAUUGCGCACCGGUUGAGUACUAUCAUGAAAGCAGACAAGAUUGUUGUACUUAAGAAAGGACAAGUUGUGCAGGAAGGGACGCACGCGGAGUUGAUGGCUCAGGAAGGUGGUGCUUAUUGGGUUUUGGCUGGAGCGCAAAAGGUACUUGGUGACACGAAUUUACUGGAUGAAAAUGGAGAGGGGAGUGGGAUGGGAGAUCUGAGUGAGAAGGGUGUAAUGAACGAGAUGAAUGAGAAGCAGGUCCAAGUGGAGGAGGAGGACGCCGAUAUUCAUGCUUUGAAUGCCAGGCAUAGUACUGAGCUUGAUGAAAUGGACUUUAAGGAUUUGGGUAAGAAAAGAAAAGGCUUGUUGGGGAGUUUUGAGCUUUUUCUGUGGGAGCAGAAACCUCAAUGGAUGUGGUAUGCGUUUAUGAUGGUGGGUGCACUUGGUGCUGGUGGCAAGUCUUCCCUUUCUCUUAUGUCCCAAUUACCAGAACGCUCGCUAGAGAUGAGCGACCGCUAAAGAUUGUUAUUCCAGGUACCUUUCCAGUGCAUGCAUUAUUGUUUGCAAAACUCAUGUCUUUAUUCAAUCUUCAAGGCGACUACCUCAUAAGUCAAUCAAACUUCUGGUGCGGCAUGUUUACACUUCUUGCACUCGGAACAGGAAUUAGCUACUAUAUCCUUGGCUGGUCAUCAAAUACCGUCUCUUUCGUGAGUAUCUCGCUCUGCUCCCUCUUAAUUUACUAAUUGAGUCACAGAAUAUCACCGCAACUUACCGACAGGAGUACUUCCAAAAUAUCCUUCAGAAACCAAUCUCCUACCACGACUUACCUGAUAAAAGUAUCGGCUCCCUUACUGCCCUAGUAGCCACGGAUCCAACUCUUUUACAACAACUACUGGGUUUAAACAUGGCAAUAGUAUGUAUCUCUAUCUUCAACAUCCUAGGCUGUAUCGCAAUAUCGUUGUACUUUGGCUGGAAACUCACAUUAGUCACCAUCCUCACUGCUAUGCCCAUCAUUCUCGCCGCUGGCUUUUUCCGUCUGAGGUAUGAAACGAAGGCGGAAGAGGCGAACCAGGAGGUUUUCAAAGAUAGUGCUAAGUUUGCAACCGAGAGUAUUGGAGCUAUGAGGACAGUAACUGCCUUAGGGUUGGAGGGCACCAUUUGUAGGCGGUAUGAGCGGCUACUCAGGGGACAUGCGGGAGACGCGUGGAAGAAGUCGAGGCUGAGUACGGCGAUUUUUGCGAUUAGUGAUAGUAUUAGUUUGCUUUGUAUGGCUUUUGUUUUGUGGUACGGGGGGCAGCUGCUUGCUGACUUCGAGUACACCCCUUUCAGUUAUUGUGAGUGACUCUUCCGCUUCGUGUUCUGAGCACCUUACUAAUGGCGAAAAUAGUGGUCGUGUACCUGGCUGUUGUUCAAGGAUCCACAAGUGCUGGUCAAUCGUUAAGUUUUGGGCCCAGUAUUUACUCCUCGUCCAUUUCAUUGAGCCUGUUCGCUAAUCCAAUUUCUAGACAUCGCCCAAGCAUUUGCCGCGGCCGAACGCAUUGAAAAGAUGAGAUCCCAUGAAGACGCAGGGAGUAUCGAGACUCCACUUGAGUUCGGUGAUACAGAAGACAACGAAAAAGGCAUCAGAGGAGUCAAGAUUGAACUGAAGGAUGUUUGGUCAGUAUAUCUAUCGAUAGAUUUUGAGGUGCAACAAAAUUGCUGACAUUUCUUGUUAGGUUCCAAUAUCCCACCCGAGAUGUUCCGGUCUUGAGGGGAUUAAAUAUGACUGUAGGUGGAUUUUAAUUAUCAACUUACAAACGUCUAAUUCUAUGUAGAUAGAGAAAGGUCAAUUUGCCGCCAUCGUAGGGCCAUCUGGCUGCGGGAAAACAAGUAUAAUUUCUCUCCUGGAAAGGUAAACCGGCACCCUCCGCCUCCCGUCUUAUAGUACAGCAGAAAUGGAAAAACGCUAACCCACCCCUUAAGAUUCUACGUCCCCCAGAAAGGCGAAAUUCUCUUCGAAUCUCGCCCACUUCCAACGAUAUUAAUAGCUCCAUAUCGUUCCCACCUUUCUCUCGUGUCUCAAGAACCCUCUCUCUUCACUGGAACUCUACGAUCUAACAUCCUUCUGGGAGUGCCUUCUUCUCCUUCCUCGCCCACCUCCAACUCCUUUCCAUAUUCGUCAGAACCAGAGCUUACACCACUAUUUGACCACAACCACGCAGAGACUCUUGAUGAAACUCUGGAGAAAGCAGCAAAGUUCGCUUCACUCCAUGAAUUCAUCUCUUCUUUACCAGAAGGAUAUGACACCCAAGUAGGAACAAACGGACUCGCAUUAUCUGGGGGACAGAAACAGAGAGUCAGUAUCGCCCGAGCUUUGGCUAGGGAUCCCCGGGUACUUUUGCUCGAUGAAGCGACUAGUAACUUGGACGGAGAGACAGAAAGGGAAGUUCAGAGUAUGCUUGAGGAAAGAGGGAAGGGACGGACGAUGGUAGUUGUCGCACAUAGAUUGGCGACUGUAAUGAGGGCCGAUGUCAUUUUUGUUGUCGUAGAUGGACGGGUUGUUGAGAAGGGGAGUCAUCAGGUCUUGCUUGGGAGACGAGGCGUUUACUGGGAGAUGGUAUGUGUUAUCUUCUCAUCUUUGCUUGUCUGAACUUUGGCUGACUGUUUUCGUGUAGUGCCAAGCUCAGGCUCUCGAUCAGUGA